AUGAGCCGGAAAUUAGUGACUCUCACCGAAUGGCAAAAACGAAGAACCAAUAUUAAUGUGCUGGUAGAUCAGAUGAUAGAAGAGUGUUUUAAUGUGUUUCUACUGCAAAGUGAAGAUGAGAUGAGAGAGGAAGAAAGGAAUCGAAAAAUGACUGCUCAAAAUGAGAAAACGUUCGAAGCGACGUAUAAGAACAGAGAACGUGUCCGUGAGAUUGAGAGGGAGAUCAAAAAGUUGAAUAGGAAAUGUAAGAAGAAAAAGGAUUCAGAAGGACGACACAUAGAACGUCGGAAACUCAGGAUUCUGAAACGGGAAUUGGUGAAAUUGGAGAGUGAGUUCAAGGAAGCGGUUGAUCGUGUGAGAAAUGAAACAUAA